AUGAACUUUCAGCUCCCCAGACAAUUCACUCUUCCGUCGACUCUAACCCUAUAUGACGGAUUGAGCGACCCAAAGCAACAUGUCAAGAAGUUCCGAUCUAUUAUGAUUGUUAAUGGUGCAUCUGAUCCAAUUCUUUGUCGAUGUUUUCCAUCUUUUUUAGACGGUCCUGCACUUGACUGGUUUUGCUCUUUGCCUGCAGAUUCGAUAUCCCGUUUUCAGGAGUUAGCUGGCCAAUUUGAAGACCAUUUUGCAGCGUCCGCAAUAUACCUCCACAAUUCCGACUAUUUAACGACUAUUAAGCAGGGACCACAAGAGAGCCUGAAGGAUUACAUCAUCCGCUUUACAAAGGUCGCCAUGAGGAUCCCCGACCUCCAUCCAAAGGUCCACCUCCACGCCAUUAAAAGCGGCCUCCGCCCCGGCAAAUUUCAGGAAACUAUCGCUGUGACAAAGCCCAAAACUUUAGCCGAGUUUCAUGAGAAAGCCAAAGGUCAGAUUGAUGUCGAAGAACUCAGGCAAGCAAGGAGGACAGAAAGAUCAACCACAAGCAAAGACGACGAUAAACCCCGGGAUGGCAAAAAAGCAUUUAAGCCGGUCCCUCGUUAUGACUCAUACACUCAAUUCAACACAAAAAGGGACGACAUUAUCAAGGAGAUACUCAACUCUAAGCUAAUUAAGCCUCCUCGCAAAGCCGGCAAUUAUCCAGAAUCAAAAAGCGUUGACAAAUCGAAAUAUUGCACUUUUCACCAGAAACACGGACACACAACCGACGAAUGCGUCAUUGCUAAAGAUCUCCUCGAAAGACUAGCAAGGUAA